AGAUGAUAGGAGACUGCCAACCGUGCUGGUCAAGCUGAAGACUGCAGUUUCUGGAGUAUGCCAACGCCGGGAUCAAAUUCACGAUGAAGCGCGUGCCAAGGCCAAGCGGACCGAUCAAACCCGAAAAGGAAAUGGUAUCAAGCGAUCGAGUGCCGAGCGGCUGAAUGACGACAACUAUUUACCGUGCGCAGGGACAUUUAUCUGCGACCGGCGUGACAUUGCUCUCUGCUUCCCGCCGGCCUCCUGCCUCCUACCAAUGGCUCCUGCCUCCUCCAUGGCCCCCUCUGCCCGUCGAAAACCAGAUGUCUUUCGCCCAAAGUUUCCUCUCGACCCUCAUGCUGCCUUGAGCUCAAGCGGAAGAGAGCCUUGGUUCCUCAAGACCGACAGACUGCCGUCACUCGCCUCACAGUCACGGCGAGAUGUUAUACUUGUCCUUGGAGCACCUACCACCGAGGAACUGUCCCCGUUGCUGCUCUCCAAACAUCUAUCAAGCUCUCUACUUAUCAUCGCCACCCAUGCACCGCCGGACAUUCCCCACACCACCUUGCCAACGGUGCGCAUUCUACGUCUCAAGCAAGCCCUCGCCAUCGAAGACGCGGGUGCCGUUCGCUUUGUCAACGUGCUCGAGUGGGCAGAACGUGUUGCGCGUCUAUGGCGCAGACAUGGCGGGGUUGGUGCUGUCGAACUCGCGGAAGAAGAAGACGGUCAUGAAUACCUCACUCCCCCAACGUUGUUUGGCUUCUACGGCUCACAGAGCACUCCUGUUUCACCCCGGUCAUCCACGUCCACUCUUUCCACCAACACAAACGCCAACUUGCCGCCUUCUCGUCCACGAUCGGUUUCAGCACGGCUGCUGACUGUGGGCAGGACACGCCAGUCCAUGCUGCCAGCUGUGGAUCCGACUCAACGACCCUUUGACGGCCUUCUCAACUUCUUGCCUGGCAACACGUCUGAUAAAGCGUUGCUCAAACAAUCAAUUCUAGUCACCACGAUUAGUCGGCCGUUCUUGGUGGCUGCGGAUCCCCGCCCCAUAUGUUCGCGAGGGAAGCGAAGGUCAGUAUUCAGUUCAAGAAGCACGACUUCUGUCUAUCUUCCCCCGACUCCACCUUACCAAAGCGGCGAAUCGCUCACCCUGAGCUCACUACCUUGGCCUUCGAAAGCACACCUGGUGCACUUGCUUCCCACCGAUACACGUUCAUUCACCUUACAGGCACGUACGCGAUUAGUGCAAAGCCUUGAAUCUUUCCUAUUAUCAUUCGCCUAUCCCGGGUCAGCAGGCAUGUCCAUGGGCGGGGACGACUGCAUGGAACGUGCGCGCCCGUUCAUCAUGCAGGCGUCUACGUUGGGAGACUUGGUGGUGAACAAAAACGAUUUUGCUGGGACUUCAAAUUCGCCUUACGAGCGAUGGACAAACGAAUGCACGUUGGCAGAGUUAGUCUUUUGCGGUUCAUUGGAUCCGAUAGACUCGUCUUUAUCAUCAACUGCGAACCAAGGAUUCGGCAAAGGCCCUAUAAAUCCAAUGGACCGCACGGCCCCUCGCGCAUGGAUAUCCGGGCCAUCUGAUGUUAUUCUCGUAUCAGAUGACACCAAUAUCCUCUCAACACCCAAUGUUUUGGUCACCCCUCCUGAACCCGCAGUCCUCUCUUCCCCUUCUCCUUCUUCGUUUGGACUUGGUGUAACACGGUCACACGGAGCAUACCCCCCGCUUUCGAUACCUCAAAAUAGUAUUGGCCCCACUAUGUCCACAUCGGCUUCCUUGCCGUCCAGUUUUGGACGACCGAUGAGUAUGGCAGGUGCAAGUCCGUUAGUGCCGAAACGGGCGCGUGGGCGUCAUAAUAGCUUAGGUGCGAGUGGUAGUAGUCGCCCAAGUGGACUCCCUACGCCGCCUGAUUCUGAAGAGUCAGGGUCCGACGUUCACACCCCUGCAGUGAAUGAUAUCAGCGAACAUACGGACGCCGAGGCGAGUUAUCGGAGAAGGGGAGAUGAUAAUGAUGACGAUAGUGGUGCCGAGUUUGGUGCGGGGGCCGCCGCUGCUGCGGAUUCCACUAGUUCGCAGAAGAGCAAAAAGCUUAGGUGGAGGUUUUGGAGGGGUUCGAUUUCAAUGAGAUCUAAGUGAUCGAGGAAAGGCUUGGGGUUUGCUUUUCUUUUCUUCGCAUGCUUAAUGCUCGCCGAGGUGCUUAUUCUCAUCCUUGGAACGAUGGUCCUAUUUUCUAUUAUUCAAUUUCUCAUCAAAUGCUCUGAGCUUUUGUCUUUUCUCCAACUCUUUAUCCUUAUCGUUUUAUGCGCUAAUCACUAUUUACCGGUUCCGUUGAACCUUUCUUCUUGGCCAUGGCUUGCUACUUCACACUUCUUGGACAACAAUUCAAUCCUCAUUACCCAUGCCUCAGGCUUUUCGUUUAUAAUCCCGGCUUUCUCUCUCUUGAUUUACUCCACUAGUUUUUUUUUCCUUGCCCUUUCAUUUUUCUCUUUUCGACGGAUCCGCGCGAAUCCAAACCACAGUCCAAGUCGCUCAGCCGGCUUGCGACUCCCCUCUCCUCUCCGCGGCCGUCAUUCUCUUGAAUUUUUCUCUGGACAUAUCAUGCGCAUCAAUAAUCUCGAUACUCAAUACUUCUGGUAGACACGUUCACUCACUCAUCCCUAUGGCAUACAUGUAUUCUUAGUCACUCUUCACUCACACUCUCUACUCUAUAUUUCUGUUUUUUUUGGGGGGUCUUUCCUUGGUAGAUGCGUAUCCCCCACCCACCCCACCAUCCGGGUACUCCGACAUGACUGGGACUGGUUAGAGUUUAUGACGCAGACAUUUUGACAUCGAUAGUGAUAGAAUUCAAAUACACACAUAUAUAUCUUACAUCAGGAUAGACGUCAUCGUGCUGGUAUUG